GUACGGUUUCGGGCCGCAGUGAUAAAAGAGCAAGUGCAACCCCUGAAGUUGCUUGGUUUAUAUUGCUUUUUGUAUUGUUCAUAAACUAAAAAAUUACAUCGCGAGACAGAAAUGACAAUCGAGACUGUAAGCAGACAGCAGUUAGGAUAGAGAUUAAUUCACUGCGGAGACGAGUACUUACGCAUCUUCAUAACGCAUCCUUAUUGUCAGUGAUCGCAUGGAUAUGUGUCGGAAUGUGCAUGUAUGUUUUAGGGGCAUACUGUAAUUUAAAACAAUAUGUACCUAUAUGCCUACUGUUUAUCAAGAAGACAAACAAUUAGAGUGUUAUUUGUAGGAUGUUUCGUGGGUAUUGUCCCGUAAGUACUGGUAGGAUGCUUGAUAUAAAAGUCUGUUGCACCUUCCUCAUUUGGCUGUACAUUCUAAUAGUGGUGUGAGGUUAACCACAUGUGCCAGAGGACGAAAGAGGAAGACGCAGAAUAACCGAACUGAAGAAAUUUCUCAUACAAGAGUGCAGCGCCGCAGCACGCAGCUCCGGAAAAUGCUGAAGCGACGCGGACAGCGAGCUCCCGAAGUACGUAUGUAUUGCACGCUGCAUUAAUCCGUUUAUGGAAAACUAUUUGCGUUGGGAAAGAGAGGAAGAGAAAAUAUGUUGAGCGGUAGGGGAGUGUUGUGAGAGGAGGGAUAUGAAAUACGAACAGGGCUGAACUUUGCGGGGCUAUUGCGCCGAGCGAGCAGCGUGUGAGGGAGACAGGUGACGGCAGGCGAAUCUAAAGCUCACCGGGGGAGACUGCAAGAGCAACGCGAAAGGUUUCUUUCACUGCUGCCUUUGCAGAGUGACAGUUAACAUACCCAGUGGGGAAGCAGUAUUAGUUUGAGGGACCAAAUUGGAUUCCUCGCUCGACAGUGUUACCCCUGAGAACCGGGGGUGAUGAGGGGAUUGGAGGACAACGAGAGCGACAGAGCCGGCUGUGACAGGUCCCCCACCGAGAUGUCGAAUGGCGCAGGGGUAGCGCAGAAGCCCCUCACUCUACUGGACAGGCUGCGGCUCUGCCAGUCCGCUUGGGCCCUUGGAGGCCCCUGGGACAGAGAGAGCAUUCAUACUGCGCUGUGGAGACAGCAGCCUGGGAGUUUCCUGGUGCUGCUAGAUUCGACAUCUCAGCCACAGCUGCUGUGCCUGUCUGUAGGGGGCCACAGAGAGAAUGUGAAGGACUUCCCAAUCCAACGCACUGAUGCAGUUUUUCACCUUCUGGAGUCCCACCUAGGGUUUUCAGACCUGGUCCAGCUGGUGGCCUUUUACAGCCUGAGCAGAGAUGUGCUGCCAGGCUGCUUGUUCAUCCCACAACGUGUCUUCAACCUCACACAGGAGACAGACCAAGAUCUGUCCCUUCUAGGGCCGAAGUUUUGGCUCUGCUUGUCCUCGAACCCACAACAGAGAAAUGUGACCCCACCAUCCACAGGCCUCAGCAUGUGUUCCAUACAGGUGACCUCUGCGAACGGGGCACUCUGCGUCAUCAACCCCUUGUACCUGCACGAGCACGGGGAUAGCUGGCUUAUUGAAAAGGCCUCUCCACAAAGGAGCCCCUCUUCCGCGAGGCGACCAUUCGCAGCAAAGCGGGAGAGACGGCUGAGCACAACCAGGCCUUGGAAGGGAGCAGGGUUACGUGACAUGAGGGGCCCGUCGUUGGACCACGAGGCCAGCACCUCAUCGGCCGGAUGCUCAGUUCCCCCCAGGACUCGUCCCAACUCCUCUCCCUCUACCCCCGUGGUUCUCAGAAGGGCAAGUCAGUCCAGUAGCUCUGGCUCCUUCAAGGGAAGAGGACAGAACAGGCUGUCUGCGGAUGGCGAGAUCUCCAGCGAGACCACACCUCUGGCCAGUCCGGUCCCCCAAUCCCCGCACCGUGUGUCUUGGAUAGAAGACGGCAUCUGGCUCUCUCCGCCUCCGCUCACCUCGCUGCUCCAUGCUGCCAGCCAUGAGCUGGACUCCCUCUCCAUCAGCAGCCUGGAGGAGGAGUCUGACUCCACCCCCAGCCCCAUCCAGGUACACAGCCAGCGCUUCACAUUGGUGCUGGCCGACAAGGUGAAGAACCGCCUCUCGGCCGUGGGGCAGGCCAUUGGUGGGCUGGUGUCGCCGCAGAAGAGGCUCAACUACAAGGCGCAGGAAUUGAGCGAGAGGAAGAGUGGCGCCUUUGCCGAGAGCGUGAAGGCCUUUGUGGAGAAGACGCUGAGGGCAGGCUUGUGCCAUGCCUGUGGCUCCGAGCUGCUGCAGGAAGUUCGCACCGCGCUCAGCAGCCUGCGGGAGAUGCUCUUGGAAAGCCCAGAGAUACAGCUCCUGAUAGACAGCCUGGGAGACGUCUCUGACUUGGAGUUAGACGGAAUGUUAGAACUCGCCAUACACAAGGUGGCACUCAAGCCAGUCUGUGCCUCCCUGUACGCCUCUCUCCAAGACUACCAUCAUCGGGACGGCUUCAGUGAGCGCCUCAAGCAGAACCAGCAUACAAUGGAGGGACAGAAACCAGAAGAGCUUGGAGGAGCCUUGGGCGUCGGACUUCCAGAUGCCGUGGUUCUGGAGAAAAUUCAGCAGCGUUGGGACUCCAUGCAUGAGGCCUACUCGCCCAGCAAGAAAGUGCAGAUUCUGCUCAAGGUCUGCAAAACCAUCUACCACAGCAUGAACACCAACUCCACUCCAGGAACAGUGUACGGGGCAGACGACUUCUUGCCAUGCCUGACCUGGGUGGUCCUGCACAGUGACAUCACCACCCUGAAGCUGGACACAGACUACAUGAUGGAGCUGCUAGACCCCAUGCUGCUACAGGGAGAGGGUGGUUAUUAUCUGACGUCACUUUAUGGCUCGCUGUUCCACAUCAGCAGCUUCCGGCCUCGCUUGGUGGCCCGCCAGCUCAGCACCGAGGCCCAACACUCCCUGAGCCAAUGGCACCGCAGGAGAACUCUGCACUGCGACCGCUCACGAAGAACCGGGAACAGGAGGACUAUUCGGAGGCCAGCCUCCAGGGAGGUGGAGCCGGGCUCACAGGGUGGAGCAAAAUUGUCGGACUGUAGCGGGGAAGGCGAUGCUGCGGAGUUGCCCUCUUUCAGUGGAGAAGAGACGUGUGAAACAUCUAAAGAGGUUCUGGGGCUUCUCCGAGAAGAAGACGACAGCAGGGAUGAGGCUCCCGGGGAGGUGAGGUGGGGACAUGACAGGUUAUCAGAGGAGGGCGGUGGUCCCAAGCAAAGCACUGAAGCGGCAGAGACUCUGAGGGAGAGACCCACCGGAAGUCCGGAAGAUGAGAAAGAACUGCCGCACGGUGAGCUUCGCUCCCAUGAUGUGCUCUGGACUGUGCCAGAGGACAUAAGCACCGGUCAGAUUGACAAAAACAAGGCGACCCUUGACCCAGAUUGCUGGAUCGAUGGAGAGCACAAAGCAUCCGAGCUAGCUACCGAAUGUCUGUACUCUGCAUAGCUGAAGGCAAAUCCAGGGGGAGAAUUCUCACCCAAAGGAGGACUUACAGCUAAGGAAUCUGUUAGGAAUGGUACAGCGUUCAUUACUGAUGUUAUAUUCAACAUACGUUAUAGUACACAUGCGGUAAACAUGAGUGCAUUUCACUAUUCUGCAACACCCUGGUCCUGCAUUAUUUUAGCUUAUGAACGUACAUUUAUUAAAAUGAAUGAGUAUUUUUAAAGUGUUUGGGUAGAAUUACUGCAGGAUUACUGUUCCCCUUGAAAUACGAAUCAUUGAAGGGGCUUGAUGGGCAACUUGUGGUUUUCCAUCACAUUGUAUGGACUUUGCAGAAAUACUGGUAACACAAAUGCAGAUCUGUGAUUUCUCCUUUUCCUUCGUAGCACAAAAAUUGACGAUGCCGAAAAGUGAAACCCAUUCAUUGUCGCAUUCUGACGUUCUGUUUGAAAUUAGAUUCAAGAGCUUGAACUUCCUGUAUAUUGUUUUCAAAGUCUUCGCAUCAGUUGUGAAAUACAAUGAUAAUCUUUCGGCCUGUGCGGCUUAUCAUCCUCGUCAAAACAAAAGCACAGUAGCCGCAUCUGAUAAAAAAUAAGUUGAUUACAAACGUAAUUUUCAGCUUCCAACACAAAUUUUGUGUUGGUCUUCUCUAGAACCGAAAAUCUUUUUAUGAAAUGGCAUUGACUUACUGGUUUUUAUUUAAAUCAUCUGGUCUUGUAUUAACAGGCUAAAGAGUAUUUUAUGAUCUGUCUGCCAUCAGAGCUGAUUUAUAUUGAAAGGCACAGUGGCAGCGAUUGCACAGUAAAGUGGUUCAUUACCUCUUAAUUACAGGCUAAACAAACUGUGUGCGUUUCGUUGUCUUAGUGGUGCUUGUUGGCUCGCAGACUGUUGAAAACACGAGCGUGAUUCGUUAUUCCUGUCACCGCUGUACACGAAGCCUUCCAUUCGGAACUGUCAUAUAAUUAGCAAUUCCACUUGGGCGUAUGGCUGGAAUGAUUUUUUUUGAGGGUGUCAUAAGUUAUAUAUGACACACUGUGACUAAUCUCUGUCGAUCAGUCAAAGAAGCUAUAGGUUACCAUCCUAAGUUUGUCUCAUGAGACUUAAUAAAAGACUUUUAAAUAAGAAAUGGAACAUGGAAAGAAUCACAAUGAUACAUCAGCAACACAUUCGUUUAGCAUUUAGUAAUAACAGUUCAGCAUUCGGUAAUGAUACCUAGGAAAGAUUUCCAUUCUUCAUUGCCUCAGACCGAUGAUGUAAUACCAGAUUAUUCAGAAAGUGGCCAAACACCGACUCACACAUCUACUUUGCUGGCUCACGCCUGCAAGGAAUAAUUUCAAGAGCUCAAGUGGUCAAGAAGCUGAAGCUGCAGCUAUUCCGCGAGACUUCAGGCUACAAUACAGGACAAACACCCAAACUGGACUAAGCAGGAAGCUAGUGUACAACGGCAAGAGUGACAUGUCAAAUUCAGAAGUGAGAGGUUACUUUUACCGAGAGAGUCCCUAACAAAAUUUUUUUUUAAGUUUUGUUCUCUCGUUUACACUAAUCCAGUAAUUAUUAAGCUUUAAAAGAAAUUAUUUCGCUGUAAAGUGAUGAUGCAUUUAACACAGUCUUAGCAACAUGCUUUGCAAAAAUCAAUAUGACGUGACUCCAGGUAAACUUACGUGGCAGGGGAGGGUGGCGAAGGUGGAUCGCCCCGGUGAGGCUCUGAUGCUGAGCUGCGAUCACCCCAAGGGGAGAAUCUCAGCUAGAUAAAUCCUGGUAGCAGGGGACUGCAGUUACACACUCCCGUGUUUCGGUUCUUCACCUGCCAUCUCAUCCUUGGCUGAAUAAUCAUGUCCGUUGGGUCUCUGACCUGAGCCCUUAAUUCCCAGAAAUACUCCUGAUGCAACAGAGAAAUGUGUUGGCCCUUGUCCUCGAACCCUAAACUUUGCUCUCAACUGUACAUAUAUGUGCAUGUAAAAUGGGAGAAUAUGGGUUAUGCAAAAACUAAAGAAUUCUAAUGUACCUGUAUAGUGCAAAUGGCAAAUAAAGCGUCAUUUCGACUAA